CCAAAUCAAUUCAACAUGUUCAAAUACGCCGUUGUCAUCUUCGCUCUUAUUGCCUGCGUUGCCGCCAAGCCAGGAUUUCUGCACACACCGCUCGCAGCUCCCGUGAUUGCUGCACCUGCUCCCGUGAUUGCGGCACCUGCUCCCGUGGUGACUGCUGCCAGUAGCCAGGUGGUGGCCAGAACCUUCAAUGGCAUCGCUGCGGCGCCUGUGAUUGCUCCAGUGCCAGUGGCUCCAGUUGCUGCUCCAGUCGUCAGGGCUGUGGCACCAGUUGCUGCUCCUUUGGCUGCACCAAUUGCUACUCCAUUCGCUGCACCAGUUGCUGCUCCUUUGGCUGCACCAAUUGCUACUCCAUUCGCUGCUCCCAUCGCCGCUCCCGUCGUCAGAGCUGUGGCCCCAGUUGCUGCUCCUUUGGCUGCUCCACUAUUCCGUUCAGUGGCCCCAGUUGCUGCACCAAUUGCUACUCCAUUCGCUGCACCAGUUGCUGCUCCUUUGGCUGCACCAAUUGCCACUCCAUUUGCCGCUCCCAUCGCUGCACCAGUUGUCAGAGCUGUGGCCCCAGUUGCGGCUCCUUUGGCAGCUCCAUUUGCGGCUCCCUUGGCGCAUCCCUAUGCAGCACCUGUCUUUGCCAAAUACUCCGCCCCAUUGGCUUUUGGAGCAGCUCCCUUGAGCUAUGCCGCAGCGCCCGCAUUGUGGUAAGAGCCAAAGUCCGGCAAGGAUUAACAGCGUGUAUGUUCAAUGACUGAUAGCCUUUAAUAAAAAUCGUUCAACUUCGUACCAAAAAAAAAAGUAUAAAUUGAUUCCAUUGUUUGUCUAGACCGCAGUAUUGGUCACUUUUAUGCUCUACAUCAGCAAGUAAUACUUACUGCUUUUAAUCAGUUUGUCACAUAAAAGAAAUAUAUAUAUAUAUAAUAUAUAACUAUAAUUUGAUAAUCAUUAAAUUUUAAAUAACUUACCUUCUAGAUUUAAAUAUGAGCUUUGUAAAGUUAAAGUUUUUACAUUCGA